UCUUUUUUGACCCAAAAAAGAAAUAUUUUUCUCAUCCCAAUUCCACUUUCUUUUUUCUCUCUGUUGAAAACGAAGGAGAAAAGAGGUAUCCAUGUAUGCUUUCCAAAGCCAGACCUAGACAACAGACAGCAUCUACAACAACAACAAUACGUUAUGGAAGAAAAAUCUUCAUUUCUUUUCUUUUUAUCAAGAAUUUCCCCUUUGAAUUUGAAUAUUUUCAGACAUUAUUGUCAUAAUGUUAAUCCAUUCAAAAUGUUCUUUACCAUUAUCAUAAUCUUUCUCUUGUCCUCAAUCUUCCGUUUCUUCCGUCGUCAUGGUCUGAGUUGCCUGAACCCAAGAAAGUUUAUUGCCAGUAAAAAGUUAAACUAUUAUAUUGAUUAUUCUACCAUGCAACUUCGUGGCUGGCUAUGCAAAAGCUUUUUCAGAUUGGAGAUGGCAAUUGGAGCAUGCUAUGGUGUUUCUCCUUUCUCUUUCCGCAGGAAGAAGUUUUCUGCAUUAAUGGAGGAAAAAGAAACGUUGGAGGAGGAAAGUGAGAUGAAUAUUGAACCAAAUAGUAGUCAGGAAAUAGAUAGUGCAGCAAAUAUUAGCAAAGAAACAAAAGGUACUACUGAACGCAAGCCGUGUGGGUUGGCAAGCAACUUCAUGGUCAUGACAGAGCUUAGGAACAAGACGCUCACCUUGAGGGACCUGCUCGAUUUGUCUCCCUGCAUUGGCUCUGCAUCUGUACAUGAGCUGUUGAUAUUGACUCUGAAGGAUCUACACGCGCUCUAUCCUUCCCUCGAGCAGAUUGAUGUGUCUGAAAUAGAAGGAGCAAGCAUGGAUCAGGUACUGAAUUCCUUCUGCAGUGCUCUGGAAUCAAUUGGUGAAAUGUGGACUGGAAAUGACGAAUGGAUGAUCAAAUGCAAAGAUGAUAUGUUCAACUCUGAAUCCAACAAUUUGGAGCACUAUGUACUGGCAAUGCUGGAAGACAUGAUUCAUCUAACAAGUGAAAGGAUGUUUGAAGAUGAGCAGAUGGUUGAUAGUCCAAAUGCAUUUGGCAGGCUUUGGUCUGAGCCUUGCUCUCCAGUAACCCCAACUUCUGUCCUUCCUGGAUUCUGCAAUGUUCCAAAAAAGAGUAAAAAGGGUUGUUAUUCUACACCAAUUCGUCAAUUACCACUCAAAGUUGGACCAGUUGGAAAACUUAACCCUGUUGAUGUCCGGCACGUGUCAUUACAUAUGUUCUCUCAUGUAGUGGCUCAAGAUCCUAACUAUAUGGUUCAGGUAACAAAUACAGGUAGCCCAUUGAAGGAACAACAGCCGGGGACUGAAGAAAAGCAUGAGUCUCAAGUAAACAUAGCAGAUGGCAGGUGUGAGGUGAAAGAAGGCCAUGACAAGAUGGUAGACUCACCUAAGAUUCUAAUUGCUAAAUUGGAAGAGAGUAAAGAAGAUGAUAAUAGAGAUUGGAAUGAUGGUUCAAUUAUUCAAUUGGUGCCAGCUUGUAUCACCAUGGAUAUGCUUUUACAAACAUCUUUUCUCACAAAGCUGCAUUCUGAUGCAGCAAAACAGGAACCGCCAUUUGCAUUAUCGUCAGAUGGGGUAGAACUGCAAAUAUCAACACCAUCACAGCAAUUAACAUUACCCCCAAAAUUGCCAUCAAAUCUUAAACCAGGAGUAGCAGCAUCACCUCCAUCCCCACCCCUACCAUCACUGGCACCGAAAUUUUUUGUGCUGCUUCCUCCUCCCCCUCCACCCGAUCCAUCAACAGAGACAAGGGACAGUGUUGUGCAGCUUCUUUCUCCUCCACCACCACCCCAACCAUCAAUAUCACCAAGAGACAGUGUUGUGCUGCUUCAGCCUCCUCCCCCACCCCUAUCAUCAAUGGCACCGAAAUUUUUUGUGCUGCUUCCUCCUCCUCCCCCUCCACCCGAUCCAUCAACAGAGCCAAGGGACAGUGUUGUGCAGCUUCUUCCUCCUCCACCACCACCCCAACCAUCAAUAUCACCAAGAGACAGUGUUGUGCAGCUUCAGCCUCCUCCCUCACCCCUACCAUCAAUGGCACCAAAAUUUUUUGUGCUGCUUCCUCCUCCUCCCCCUCCACCUGAUCCAUCAACUGAGCCAAGAGACAGUGUUGUGCAGCUUCUUCCUUCUCCACCACUACCCCAACUAUCAAUAGAACCAAGAAACAGUGUUGUGCAGCUUCCUCUUCCCACUCCACCCCAGCCAUCAAUAGGACCAAAAGACAGUGUUGUGCAACUUCCCCCUCCUCCACCUCCACCCCCUCCCCAACCAUCAACAGCACCAAGACACAGUGAUGUGUUGCUUCCUCCUCCCCCACCAUACCCACCCCAACCAAUAAUAGCACCAAGUCAUAAUGUUGCUCUGCUUCCCCUGCCCCCCACUCCACCACCACCACCCCAACCAUUAUUAGAGUCAAAAGACAAUCUUGUGCUUCCAUCUUCCCCUCCACCUCUUCCAUUGACAUUGGAAAAUAUAGCAAGUUCUCCCCCACCACCACCUCCUACUUCAAAUGGAACAGCACCACCUCCACCUCCACCACUCAUUACUUCAAAUGGAACAGCACCACCUCCACCUCCACCGCCCAUUACUUCAAAUGGAACAGCACCACCUCCACCUCCACCGCCCAUUACUUCAAAUGGAACAGCACCACCUCCACCUCCACCGCCCAUUGCUUCAAAUGGAACAGCACCUCCUCCACCUCCACCACCCAUUACUUCAAAUGGAACAGCACCUCCUCCACCUCCACCACCCAUUACUUCAAAUGGAGCAUCACCACCUCCACCUCCACCACCCAUUACUUCAAAUGGAACAGCACCACCUCCACCUCCACCCAUGUCUUCAAAUGGAACAGCACCAGUACCGCCUCCACCCAUGUCAAUAGGAAAAGGAGGUGCAUGUCCACCACCUCCAGCAUUGGCUGGUGGCAUAAAUCUACGCACCAAGAAAACUUCUAAGUUGAAGCGAUCUUCACAGAUGGGUAAUCUUUACCGGCUUCUCAAGGUAAAAGUGGAAGGAUCAAGUUUAAAUGGUAAAUCAGCGAGAAAGGGAAAAGUUGGUGCUGCUUCAUCAGGAGGUAAGCAAGGAAUGGCUGAUGCACUGGCAGAGAUGACAAAAAGGUCAACCUAUUUCAUACAAAUUGAAGAGGAUGUUAAAAAUCAUGCAAGUGCAAUCAAGGAGAUGAAAACAGCAAUUGCUACUUUCCAAACAUCAGACAUGUCUGAGCUCAUUAAGUUCCAUAAAUUUGUGGAAUCACAUCUUGAAAAACUAACUGAUGAAUCUCAGGUGUUGGCAAGAUUUGAAGACUUUCCAACUAAAAAGUUGGAAGCAUUAAGGAUGGCAGCAACACUCUAUUCCAAGUUAGAUGAUAUAGCUUCUACUUUACAGAAUUGGCCAAUAGCGUCGCCUUUUGGCCAGCUUCUUGACAGAGCUGAGGGUUAUAUCAGCAAGAUCAAAGGAGAUCUGGAGAAGAUAGAACAAACUAAAGAUGACGAGGCAAAGAAAUUUGCCAGUCACAAAAUUACUUUUGAUUUUGCCAUCCUUGUACGCAUCAAAGAGUUUAUGGUGGAUGUGUCCUCAAACUGUAUGGAGUUGGCACUUAAGGAGUGGAGAGAUGCAAAGACAAGAGAGAAAGAACCAAGCGGACAGUCAAACAAUAAUGGGCGCAAAAAUGGAUCUACUGGUAAAAUACUUUGGAAGGCCUUCCAAUUUGCAUACAGAGUUUACACCUUUGCUGGGGGAAUAGAUGACCGUGCUGACAAGUUGACAAAAGAACUCGCUCAUGAGAUCGAGACAGAGCCUAAUCCUUGAACAUAUAAAAUUGAAUGUCUUAAUCUUGCAAGUGCUUCUCGAGGUUGUGAUGUACAUACAUGUACUAGGAGUCAAUUAUCACACGCUGUAUACCAUGUAUAUUGUUCACGAAAACACAUGGGGCAACUAAGAAAACUCUAGCCUUGGAGUUAUCAGUCACAGUCUCAUUUCAUCAAUAACUCAGCCAGUCCUAUUGAGUUUCUAAAA